AUGGGCUCAGAUGUCACUGGCCAUUUGGACCCCACACUCUACGUACUGACAGAAGACGAAACUGCCUUCUUUAAAACUCAAACUGGAAUAGAAGACGUCAAUGCGCUCAAGAACCAUAUCUUUACUAUCCAAGAGGAGGCGUACAAGGUGUACCCUUAUCCGUGCAUUCGCCGUUUCACCUUUGCCAAGUUGAAGAUUUCGAGACAGCCAUGCUAUCAACAGUUCUUAAAUCUUGGAAAAGAUCGCAAGGGGGCUAUCUAUGCCGACAUUGGAUGCUGCUUCGGAAAUGACCCCAGAAAGGCCGUUGUAGAUGGCUACUCCGUAGAGCAAGUCGUGGCCUCCGAUUUGCAUCCUGAGUUCUGGGAACUCGGACAUAGGCUCUUCAAGAGCACAGCCGAGACAUUCCCAGCUCGCUUCAUCCCUGCAGAUAUCUUUCAGUUGAAAGGUCUAUCGAGGGAAGACGUUCCUGCCCCUGUUCCGGAGCUUUCCCAAGUGCAAUCUCUAGCGGAGCUGCGAGGGCACAUCUCCGCCAUUCAUACCUCGGCAUUUUUCCAUCUGUUUGAUGAAGAAGGGCAGUUCGAAAUCGCAAAUAUUAUGGCGGCACUGCUGUCAUCUGAACCCGGGUCAAUGAUUUUUGGAUCACACGUUGGUCGGCGCGAGAAAGGUUUCCGUACUGCCAGUGAAGUCGGUUCCAAUGGCGUACAUCGCAGUAACAUGUUCUGCCACUCACCCGAGAGUUGGCGAUUGCUAUGGGAUGGCGAAAUAUUCCCCAAGGGCACCGUUCGCGUUGAUACUUCCUUGCAUGCAGAAGAACGUCCAGGUUUAGGCUUGGUGGUAGCAUAUCUCUUCGUUUGGUGCAUAACGGUUUUGUAGACUAGGUCUCCUGAAUUUAUAGGAUAUUGUGAAUUGGUACUGAG